AUUCCAUUCAUCUGUUGCUCCGCCCUACGAGUGUUUUCCGAUUAAGCAGAAUGGAGAGCUUACGUCCUUACGUAGUGUUGGUGCUAGGAUGUAUCUCUGGUCUGCUUCCACCGAUUCCUGCCCAAGUAGACCACACCCAGGCGCUUUUACGCUGCUCCGUAGCCAUCGGUGGACCAAGGAGGCCUGAAAUUGACAGCAAGCCGUGUCGAAAGGUGUCGUGUCCUGCUAAAAGCUCGAAACAUAGAGCUCAUUGGAUGGACAGAUCUGCGCAACCACAGAGUCUUUCACACUCACGAAGCCAGGUGUAACGUAGACUGGCUCUCGAAUGAUGAGUUCUCCAAAAAUGGGCUAUUAGGAAUGGGUCGUCCUAGGAGAAGGACAAGAUGUGGAUGCUAUCCGAUGUUCGAGAUUCGUUCGCACCGGAAGGUGUAGAAGCUGCCUCGACAGCAUCGGCGCUCGGGAUUUUUUGUGACCGGAAACUUCAUGGUUCUCUCAGUUUAUCAUUGAAAGCCAAUUAUUUACAGACUUGAAUGAGGCUAAAUGGUUGCUUCUCCAGACUGCCGAACAGAUCGUUUUACAAAAAGUGGCUGACGGUUGCGGUAGAGGGGGACAAGGGUACCUGUUGGUAUCACAGGCGAUCGAUCGAUGGCAGCAAUAGCGUAUAUUGACUAUUUGCUGCUGAAGUUGUUGAUCGAUUAGUCGAAAAAGAAGAAGAAGGAGAAAGUGGCCACUGCCGUGG